UUUUAAUGUUAAACGAUAUUUUAAAUCCUUUGAAGUAAAUAUGAGCUUAAAAUACUGCUUAUUUUAUGCGGCGCUUAUUAACGUGAGUCUUAUUAAGCACCGUUUAGUAACUCGUGAAGUAAAGAUGUCCUCGGUAUUUUAUUAGUUAUCGUUAUACAAUGUAGUUCUCAAGGAGACUAAAAAUAAAAUAACUACAUGUCUUUAUUGAACAUUGUGGAAGUUAAAUAUAAAGAAAAUAAAAAGAAGUGGAAAAUAUGAACCAAAAGAUGGAAAAGUAGCGAAAAUAAUUAGCGUCCAGUAAUAAAUACUCCGUACAUUUUUCGUAAAUUGCGUCAAAUCACAUGUUAGAAACUCAAAACUAUCAUUAACAAAAAUACCUAGUUUAAUUUAGCUUAAUUUGCAAUCUUGAAAGUUAAAAAGGCCUCAUCGGCUCAUCCCCAUACCUCCUCGUAUUGGAUAUGGCAAUAACAAGUAAGCAACAUGGCCUCCUCUUCAUCAUCAUCCUUAUUAUACUAGCCAAAAAUAAGGUUGUGUCGUCGGAAAAGGCAGUACAAGACUCGAUUUUCUUGAACGUCGCUGGCUCGUUUGCCGGUGCAGAGAGCGGCGGAUCGAUAGACAUAGAGGACGCGGCGGAGGAAUUGAUGAUGGAAUCGGAAGUGUCAAGGAGAUUUUUGUCCCAGAGCAGAUACAUAAGCUACGCCGCCAUGCAAAAGGACAGCAUCCCCUGCAAUCGUCGUGGGGCUUCUUAUUAUAAUUGCCGAUCACACGCCGCCGUCCGCCCCUACAACCGCGGCUGCAGCAAGUUCACCAGAUGCGGCGGAAGAUACAAUUAAUUAAUUAUCCUACAUGAGAAAAAUAUUGCAUGGAUGCAUUAUUUAUAGGGAGAAUUUAACUUUACACAUAAUGUUUAGGGUGAUAUUGAACUUUGUAUCUAAUUUUCAAAAUUAUCAAUGGGUGCACCCCAUCAAUUCGAUCAAAAUAUUUUGAGGUGCAAAGUGGAAUUCUCCGAUUGUAACUCUCCCUACAUUGUUUGAAUGUAUCUUUAGUUAAAAAAAGUACUACCUCCGUUCUUAAAUAAAUGCAACAUAUGGAAUUUUACACUAUUCACGUGUUCUAAUUUGACUACGUUUUAUUUAUUAAUGUAAGAAUAUUUUUUUAUGAAAAACAUAUUGUUAAAUUAGUCUCAAUGUAAAUUUUCAAUAUCUAAUUUUUUUAAUUUUUUUACUAAUAUAAAUUUACAUAUAUUAAUGGUCAAAAUUGUGUCUCGACAAGUGUGAAAUGUAGACCGUUGCAUUUAUUUAAGAACGGAGGAAGUAUUUAAUAUGAUUUGUAUUAUUAACAUAUUCCACUUCAUAUGCAUGUAUU